ACAGCACCGAGACAUUAUUGCAGACGCGCCUGGCCUGCCGCUCCUUCCCCGCGCACCGCCCGCCACAUCGCUCCUUUCACCGCGACCUGCCUCUUCCGUUGAUGACACGCCGCUAAACAGCUUCCGCCGCGCACUCCCUCCGGGGAAGAGCUGCCUGCCUGCUCACCAUGGCGCAGAACUACAACCAGUACCCGCAGCAGUUCGGGCAGCACCCGCCGCCUGUGCAGACGCAGAACCUGAACCAACAGCCGCAGCGACCAUUCUCGCCGCCCUCGUACAACCAGUCGCCGAGUGCCAUGUCGCCGACCAUGGGCAGUGGCAUUCCCUCCGCAAAGCGCCCGCGUCUGUCGCCGAACCCAACAUCGCCCGCGCCAUACCAGUCGCCCUUCGCAGCACCAUCGUAUCCCAUGUCGCCCUACGCUUCGUCUCCUCAGAACACCGGCUAUCUGUCCCUACCGCAAUCGCCCGCCAGCACGCAGCCCCCGCCGUUCCACCAGCCCCAGCCCUAUCAGCAUCCAAACCAUAUGUCACAGCAGCAGCAACCACAGCAGCCGCCUCCGAGCUCUAUGCCGCCGCCAAAAGUGCCCUACAGCAAGGCUACUGAUAACGCUGAGCUGGAAAAGGCGAACGCGCGUGAUCUGGACGUAAAUAACAUUAGCGACGUUCUGACAGGCUCUGGUAUCGAUCUUCGUGCUGAGGAGGACAACUUGCUUCAUAGCUAUGGAAACCGCAGCGGCUAUGGCACACCGUUCAACUCGCAGGCUACAGCGUCCACCCUCUCUCCCCAUAGCAGCUUCAAUAACUGGAGUCAGCAAGGCGGUCACGGCGCCUUCCAGGGCUCAGGGCCGUUGAGCCAAUCCAUGACGCAGGAGCAGCACGAAGCAGAGUUCAUGCGGAAGCACGAACAAGCCGCGAGGAUUCUGAAUGAGUCAGCUCAGCAGUGUCUUACAGACCCCUUCUGUGAUGCCAAUGUGCUCCGUCACCGGAUGGCUAGGCGCGCAUACGAGAACGGGAUACAGGUUAACGUCGAUGGCCUGUUCGACAAGAUUCCCGACAAGACCCCUCGCGAUGUGACCAGGACGACGCAGGCCGGUGCGAACGGUGAGCAAAUUGUAGGUCUCGAAGCUGCUAGCCUCCUGAACCAGAACGCUCCGCUUGUCGAGAUAUUGUCAUUGCUCUCUUUGGCUGCCGAGGAGCGCAUCCGCACAAUUGUCGAAGACUCCUUCGCCCUGAGCCAGGGCCGACAGAACACAUCACACGGGAUCAUUCCACCUCAGAUGCUUGACAUUGCGGUGAAGGAACCAGAUGCCGAACAGAAGAUGGCUGUGCCUACGAAUGUUCUCAGGACGCCGUGGGAAGCACCCGAAAGUGCUACUCGCUCUCCGACGACUGCGAGCAAAGGUGAGUUUGCACGGGCCAGAACCAUUGCAGGCGUGUUUAUUGACUCAUAUAGGACUACCAAACGCUGCACGACUACCUACACCGCCAAGCGAAGCUCCUCCUGCACCACAGCCUACCUUGCAGAAUGUCAAUCACAUUGCCAACGCCUUGAAGAGGCGUGUUCGUGAAGAUGAGCAGUACGAAAAGGAGCGCCUCCGCAAACGUCAGCAACGCCAGCAGGGCAA